UGCGCACGCGCUGUAGUGUCUGUGCUGCGCUCUUGACCUGUCAGUGUUGUACUACAAGCUGUCAUGUUGAUAAUUUCUUAGUUAUUCAUUUAGUUUGAACAUCCGUAAACAGCCACAUUGAAGAGACAUGUCAACAUAUUUGAGGACAACUUAUUGUUAUUACGGGUGCUAAGCUAACUAGGUGGAGUUAGCCAACAAAAAAAUCCAACUUGACAACUGUCAGCUAGUUAGCUAUUAGCUCAUCGCUAGCAGCUUUAGCCACCUCUUGGUGCUGGCAGUAGGCUACAGGGUUUGGAAGCCGCCCACUUUCGGCAAAGCAGCAUUCCGGGGAAGGUGAACGAUGGAGGCUGAAAGCUCUAGUGGACUGUUACUGUCCAGAAAAAGAAGAAGAGAAGGAUCCAAUGGAGAGGCUGAAGAGAGUGAAAAGCUCGGGAAAAUCCCCAGAUUUACUGUGGGUUUAAAGCACCCUGCGCCUUUUGCCGACGAGCUUGAACCAGCUGACAAAAAACCAUAUGCCAGAGUCACUAUGGAGGAGGCCAAGAGAGGGACGCCUCCUGAAAGACCAGUGCGGGUCUAUGCAGAUGGUAUCUUCGAUGUAUUUCAUUCAGGUCAUGCCAGAGCACUUAUGCAAGCCAAAUGCCUUUUCCCAAACACACAUCUUAUUGUUGGAGUUUGCAGUGAUGACCUCACGCACAAAUACAAGGGCUUUACUGUAAUGAAUGAGGACGAGCGCUAUGACGCCAUCAGACACUGCCGCUAUGUAGAUGAGGUGGUCAGGAACGCUCCAUGGACACUCACACCAGAGUUUCUUGCAAAACACAGAAUUGACUUUGUGGCCCAUGAUGAUAUUCCAUACUCUUCAGCUGGUAGUGAUGAUGUCUAUAAGCAUAUCAAAGAGGCUGGUAUGUUUGCUCCUACUCAGCGCACUGAAGGAAUCUCGACAUCAGACAUCAUCACUCGCAUUGUACGAGAUUAUGAUGUGUACGUGAGAAGGAAUCUACAGAGGGGUUACACUGCAAAAGAACUUAACGUUAGCUUUAUCAAUGAGAAAAAGUACCACCUGCAGGAACGUGUGGACAAGGUGAAGCGGAAAGUGCGUGAUGUGGAAGAGAAGAGCAAAGAGUUUGUGCAGAAGGUGGAGGAGAAGAGCAUCGACCUCAUCCAGAAGUGGGAGGAAAAGUCCAGGGAGUUCAUUGGCAACUUCCUGCAAAUGUUUGGCCCAGAAGGAGCCCUGAAACACAUGUUAAAGGAGGGCAAAGGGCGAAUGCUCCAGGCCAUUAGUCCCAGACACAGCCCCAGCAGCAGCCCGACCCGAGAGGAGCGCUCCCCCUCUCCCACUUUCCGUCUGCCUUUCUUCAGUAAGACUUCCCCUCCCCCCUCUCCCCCACCCCAACACAGUGGGGCCCGUGGGUACCUCAUCAGCGAAGAUGACGAUGAGGAUGACGAUGAUGAUGAUGAAAACUAGGGUGAUGUGUGAAGCCCACUCUAUCACAGUUCAUCAAGGCAGUUUUAGUUUACUGUCAGAGGCGUUCAUCAAGGUCCUGCUCACAUAUUUUCAUAUUCUUCUGUUUAGUUUGAAUAUUACAAUGACUGUUAGUUGUAGGCAACCACUUUCACCUCCAGUUUUUGAAAGGAUUAGGAAUUAAGUUUUGAAAGUUCUUUUUUGAUCAAGUCUCUUUUUAAUGUUUCUGUCACUGUCAGUAUUGUUAUGGUCAGCACUGUAUCACACUCUUUGUUGUUAUGUUUUUCUUUCAUUAGCAGGUCUUGAGUACUCAGUUUCAAAGUGCACAUUUGGUGAGGUAGGAGAGUAUCCCUUAUGUUUUAUGAGGUUUUAGGCUGUUCAUGUCUUGGGCCAGGUGCAUUCACCAAGCAUUUAAUCAACCUUAUCUUUGUUCACAACUGAAAUUCAGUUGACUUUUAAUAGCAGAAAACUACAGCUACUACGACUAGACUACAGUAUUCAGAGUUGAAUCUGAGAGUUAAGUGUUACAUGUCUGCUUCCUAUGUGUAUGUAAAUUUUGUGUAAAACCUUGUUGGCAUGUUUUAAAUGUCUGUCUGUCAAUCUUGAUUUAUUGACAGAACAACUUUUUGCAAAUGUAGUAACUUGAGCAUAUUUGUUCCUGCUGAAGAAAUGAGACAUUUUGAAAGGCUAGAGGCGUUUCAGUGGUAUCUCAUAACUGUGACCCAUGUAAAUGCAGAAAUAUUUUUGUAGAGUUAAUCUUUUCUCAGCAUUUACUGUAUGAUUACGAUCAUCAGCACUAAACACAUUAUUUUUGUGAUGUAUGAUCAGGCUGUUACUGUCUGUAAAAUGGUCAAUUAACCGCACAGCCAUGAGUUUAAUUGGGUAGAAGCACAUAAGAUGUAUGUUUUUAAACAAACCAUGCUUUCACUCUACAGCAAUUCACUGCGAAGGCAUUGCCUCUUUCUAGUAGAGGAUUAAAGGGCAACUGUUGGUUUUUUAUGGACACAAAUCUUUACUUUUAUAGGGUCUCCUGUCACUCUUUAAAUUAAAUACUCCUUAUUCAUUUAAGGCAGUUAUGCAAUACUAGACCUAUGUCUAUAUCUGCCCCAGGCUGGUUUUCCAAAGGCACUUGAUCAUUUAAAGAAUACUAAGCUACCAUGUAAUUGCGCCAACAAUCACUACUUAAGUUAAGCUUAGGAAAUAACUGAAAAUAACAUUGUUCAGUUAACAAUCAUGAGCAUAAAUUAAAGCAUUGAACAAAGAAAUAGGGUACAAGUUGGUGCUUAUGUAAAAUUUUUUGUCUGGGUAGCCAUCUUCAUUCAGUGAAAGGUCAGAUGUGACAACAUUGCUGUAAGUAGUUUGCAGCUUGAUUGAUGGCACUAUCCAAUGAUGUUUUAAUCAUGUAUUGUUUCUGAGUUAUUUCUAAAAAUCUGGGCAAUGCAAAAGGUAUAUUAAACAUGUUAGCCAAAUGCUUGUGUUCCAUGUAUGCAUUGUCUACAGACUCAACAUGCUUAUAAGCAAACGCUUAGAAAGUUAUACAAGUUGCCCUUCUACAAAAACUAAUAGCAACUCAAAUGUAUCAAUACAAUUAUUUCUGAACCUACAGAUCAAGACAAGAUUAUUAAAUAAAAAACUGAUGUUCCACACCCAUUA